AUGCACCCAUUACUCUUACAAGAACAGUUUCCUGAUAGUGAGCUGGAGCUGGAGCCGGAGGACAACGCGCCAGCGUCCGGAGGUGUUCAGGAGACGAAGAUCCAGGGCUCCUCUGUGGAGAAACCAAGAAGUAACGCGCUUCGGUUGCGCAGCGCACCACCUGGCGCCCAGCGCGCCCUUCAUCGCUCCGCGCUUUCCGUUAACGCUGCAGCCCGUGCGCUUGGGAGCGCGCAGCUGGGAGCACUUCCUACCCUUCGCCCCGCGCUCGCGGGCCAGCCGUGCGCGCACGAGGCCACCCAGCGGCGACGCGGCGCCCGCCGCCCGCCCGCGCCGCAGCCCGGGCCCUGCAGGGCCGAACGCAGGUUAAAGGAUUUACCUGAAGACAAAGGGUUCUGUUCCUCGGAGACUGGACAAGAGUUACUCUUGCUGUUGGCAAUUAAAGAUGAAGUUGUCAUGGAAACAGUGGAUCCUGCUUUCUUUCAUUGGCUGCCUCAGAGAUGGCAGCUGAAUGGAAGUGAUAUUAAUCCAAGCCUGGACUAUCGUUACAAAUUGAGUGGAGGGAACCUGGUGGUGAUGAACCCCAACAGGGACUGGGACACGGGAAGUUACCAGUGUUUCGCUGCAAAUUCGCUGGGGACCAUUGUCAGCAGGGAAGCGAAACUCCAGUUUGCCUCACGUAAUCCCGCGCACUGUCCUCUGGGUCUGGGAGCUCUUAAUAAACGCUUUGGAAGGGCAGCUGUGGGGCGGGCAGCUGGGCUGGCAGCUGCCACGCGCCCCUCAGCUCCAGGCUGUCGUGGGGCACGUCUCCUCGUGGCUGCACCAGUGCCUGUACCUGUGAACAACGCCACGUCCGACGCCCCCAUCCCUGUACCUGGCCACGAGACGUACCCAGUGUCUAGGGCUCCUGUCGUCACCUGUGCCGUUGGGGUGCAGCCGGAGCGCUUCCGUGUCUGCUGCCUGGAAACCCCGGGCCCGGCCCCAGGCAGCACCGAAGGCAGAGCUGCAGCCCGGAGAGCCUCAGAGCAGCCGUUCCCGGCUGAGUGCCACGUGCAGAAAAUGACAGCGGGCAGCCGGCCACGUGGCUCAUCGCGUCUAAGCCGGGAGGUGUCCACACGGCUCUGCCGGGAUGACUGA